AAUUGCAAUAUAGCUCGCAAGUGGAGCUAACCUUUCUCACCAAUACAAAGCGGAAAAGCCCUAACAAAAACCCUAACCUUCGCCCACUUUCCUCCGCUAAACCCUAAUCACUGUCAUUAGGAAAAUGGGUCGCCGCAAAGGAAGCAACACGGCCCAAACCUCGACGAACUCUUCGAACCAAUUCGAAGGAACGAAGAUUCGCUUCCAAGACGCCGACGACGAUGGAGUCGCUACUGACAGCUCCAAUCUUGACGAAUCAAUCCUUGCCGUUGAUAAAGCUGCUGAAGAUGUUUCCAUGGGAGAACCUAACGUCUCCUUUGUAGAUAGCGAUGCCGGUGAUGAUAAAACCAGUGCUGAUUAUUACUUCGAUUCUUACUCUCACUUUGGAAUUCACGAAGUAAGUGUGCUGGACUUGGACUAUUGAAUGCAGGGCAUUUUCUUGUUUGGAUAUUUUUGAGUUCUUCAUAGAAUAGUUUUGCUUUGGUACCAUUACUUUCUGAAUAUUGGUUGCUGAAUAUUUGUGAAUGAAGGUUCAGCUGUAAUCGUUCAAUUUAUUUAAGCUGACCCACGACAUAAUGUGUUGUGCUUGCUUUCCGGAAACAAUUAUCAUUUUCACUUAAGCAUGUUGGUUGUAGUGGAAAAGCUUCGGAGAAUUGAAUAAUUUUUUACUUAAACUUGUUUCUAUGCUAACCUGCUAGUCACUGCAUUUCAGGAAAUGCUCAAGGAUGUAGUGCGAACUAAGACAUAUCAAAAUGUUAUUUAUCAGAAUAAGUUUCUAUUCCAGAACAAAGUAGUUCUUGAUGUGGGAGCUGGAACUGGAAUCUUGUCCUUGUUUUGUGCAAGGGCAGGGGCUGCACAUGUUUAUGCAGUCGAGUGCUCUCACAUGGCUGAUAUGGCUAAACAAAUUGUUGAAACAAAUGGAUUGUCUGAUGUGGUUACAGUUUUGAAGGGAAAAAUUGAAGAAAUUGAGCUUCCUGUUGCCAAAGUAGACAUCAUUAUAUCAGAGUGGAUGGGUUACUUUUUGUUGUUUGAGAAUAUGUUGAAUACAGUGUUAUAUGCGCGUGAUAAAUGGCUGGUCAAUGAUGGUGUUGUGCUACCAGAUAAGGCUUCUCUUUACUUGACAGCAAUUGAGGAUGCAGAGUACAAAGAUGACAAGAUCGAAUUUUGGAAUAAUGUUUAUGGGUUUGACAUGAGUUGCAUCAAAAAGCAAGCUAUGAUGGAACCUCUUGUGGACACAGUUGACCAGAAUCAAAUUGUGACGAAUAGCCACCUUCUCAAGACAAUGGAUAUCUCCAAGAUGGCUCCGGGUGAUGCUUCUUUCACUGCAUCUUUUAAGCUUGUUGCACAACGUGAUGAUUACAUCCAUGCUUUUGUUGCGUACUUUGAUGUAUCAUUUACCAAGUGCCACAAAUUGAUGGGCUUCUCUACAGGGCCAAAAUCGCGAGCUACACAUUGGAAGCAAACGGUGUUGUAUCUAGAGGAUGUGCUAACCAUAUGUGAGGGAGAGGCAAUAGUUGGUAGCAUGACUGUUGCACCAAACAAGAAGAAUCCCCGAGAUGUUGAUAUAAUGGUAAAAUAUUCAUUCAGUGGUCGGCGUUGUGUGGUUUCAAGAGUUCAAUUCUACAAGAUGCGCUGAUGUUUCUCACUACUAUUUUUAUCCACCACCACCAUAAAUUUAUGGCCUAGGCUAAAGCAUGAAGAUGCUGCUCCUAUUUUAAUGCAUUUGUAUUCUAACAUUCCUCAACUGCUUGAGAAUAUUGGUUCUUUCAUAUGGAAUGUAACAUUUGUUGCCCUUUAAUUUUCA